CCUUCACAGAAUAAUGCAGUGUGCUAUUACUAAGAUUGAUAAAAAUGUAACAGAGGAAGCAGUUAAGACAUUGUUCUCAAAUAUUGAAGAUAUUCUAGAAGUUCACAAAAACUUCCUAUCUAGGAUUGAAGAAUGUCUGCAUCCCGAACCUAAUUCGCAACAAGAAGUGGGAUCCUGCUUUCUCCACUUUAGAGACAGAUUUCGUAUCUAUGAUGAAUACUGCAGCAAUCAUGAAAAAGCACAAAAGCUUUUGCUUGAACUUAACAAAAUAAAAACAGUGCGGACAUUUUUACUGAACUGCAUGUUGUUAGGAGGACGGAAGAGUACAGAUGUACCUUUAGAAGGUUAUUUGGUAACACCAAUCCAGAGAAUAUGCAAGUAUCCUCUUUUUUUGAAGGAAUUGUUAAAGCGCACUCCCAAAAAGCACAGUGACUACUCUACCUUAAUGGAAGCUCUCCAAACAAUGAAGGCUGUUUGUUCCAACAUAAAUGAAGCCAAGAGACAAAUGGAAAAAUUAGAGGUUUUAGAGGAAUGGCAAUCUCACAUUGAAGGAUGGGAGGGAUCUAACAUCACAGACACUUGCACAGAAAUGCUGACGUGUGGAGUUUUGUUGAAAAUCUCAGCAGGAAACAUACAGGAACGAGUGUUCUUUCUUUUUGACAAUCUUUUGGUCUACUGCAAAAGAAAGCAUAGACGAUUGAAAAACAGCAAAGCAUCUUCAGAAGGUCAUCGAUAUCUUUUCCGAGGCAGAAUAAAUACAGAGGUGAUGGAAGUUGAGAAUGUUGAUGAUGGCACAGCUGAUUAUCAUAGCAGUGGUCACAUUGUUCUCAAUGGUUGGAAGAUACACAACACAGCAAAGAAUAAAUGGUUUGUGUGUAUGGCCAAAACUUCUGAAGAAAAGCAUGAAUGGCUUGAAGCUAUCCUAAAAGAAAGGGAAAGAAGAAAAGGGUUAAAACUUGGUAUGGAACAAGAUACAUGGGUGAUGAUCUCUGAACAAGGAGAAAAACUUUACAAAAUGAUGUGCAGACAAGGCAAUUUGAUCAAAGACCGAAAGAGAAAAUUAACUACUUUUCCAAAAUGUUUCCUUGGAAAUGAGUUUGUAUCUUGGUUAUUGGAAAGUGGAGAGAUUCACAGACCUGAAGAAGGUGUUCAUCUUGGUCAGGCUUUGUUAGAGAAUGGCAUUAUCCAUCAUGUUACAGACAAACAUCAGUUUAAACCUGAACACAUGCUCUAUAGAUUCCGUUAUGAUGAUGGCACAUAUUAUCCAAGAAAUGAAAUGCAGGAUGUAAUUUCAAAGGGUGUAAGAUUAUAUUGUCGCCUGCACAGUCUGUUUACUCCUGUAAUAAGAGAUAAAGAUUACCAUUUAAGAACCUACAAAUCUGUCAUAAUGGCUAAUAAAAUGAUAGACUGGCUAAUUGCACAGGGGGAUUGCAGAACAAGAGAAGAAGCAAUGAUCUUUGGAAUAGCACUUUGUGACAAUGGAUUUAUGCAUCAUGUGCUGGAAAAAAGUGAAUUCAAAGAUGAACCACUUCUAUUUCGUUUUUUUGCGGAUGAAGAAAUGGAAGGCUCCAACAUGAAACACAGACUUAUGAAGCAUGACUUAAAAGUAGUGGAAAAUGUAAUCGCAAAAUCAUUGUUGAUCAGAUCAAGUGAUGGAACUUAUGGUUUUGGUUUGGAAGACAAAAACAAAGCACCAAUUGUUAAAACAGUAGAAAAGGGCUCAAAUGCUGAGGUGGCAGGUCUGGAAAUUGGGAAAAAGAUCUUUACCAUUAACGGUGACCUAGUUUUUCUAAGGCCUUUCACUGAAGUGGAUAGCUUUCUGAAAGCAUGUUUAAACACUAAAAAGCCCCUCAGGGUACUUGUGAGCACAAAACCAAGGGAGACAGUUAAGAUUCCUGAUUCUGUGGAUGGUCUUGGAUUCCAGAUUCGAGGCUUUGGCCCUUCUGUUGUUCAUGCUGUUGGAAAAGGAACUGUGGCAGCUACUGCUGGGCUUCAUCCUGGACAGUGCAUAAUCAAAGUGAAUGGAAUUAAUGUCAGCAAAGAAACACAUGCAAGUGUUAUUGCCCAUGUAACAGCCUGCAGGAAAUACAGACGUCCAAUGCAUCAAGAUUCUAUUCAAUGGAUAUAUAACAACAUUGACAGUGUUCAGGAGGAUUUUCAGAAAACAAAUGCUAAACCAUUGGGUGAGGAUGGAGGAGAUACAUUUAAUUACAAAGUUGAAGAAGCAAUUGAUAAAUUUAAUACUAUGGCAAUAAUUGAUGGAAGAAAGGAUCAUGUCUGCCUGACUGUUGAUAAUGUUCAUCUGGAAUAUGGUGUUGUUUACGAGUAUGAUAGCACUGCUGGAAUAAAAUGCCAUGUUUUAGAGAAAAUGAUUGAACCAAAAGGCUUUUUCAGUCUGACUGCAAAGAUCCUUGAAGCUCUAGCAAAAAGUGACGAGCAAUUUGUGCAAAACUGUAGCAGCUUAAAUAGUAUACAUGAAGUAAUUCCUACCAAUCUUCAGAGCAAAUUCAGUGCCAUUUGCAGUGAAAAAAUAGAGCACAUUUGCAGAAGGAUUACAAGUUAUAAAAAGUUUUCACGAGUCCUAAAAAAUCGAGCUUGGCCUACCUUCAAGCAAGCUAAGUCAAAAAUCUCACCACUGCACAGCAGUGAUUUCUGUCCGACUAAUUGCCAUAUCAAUGUUAUGGAAGUCUCAUAUCCUAAAACGUCAACCUCACUUGGCAGUGCCUUUGGUGUUCAACUAGAUAGCAGGAAACAUUUUUCACAUGAAAAAGAAAACAGACAUACGGAGCAAGGUAAACUGAAUCCCAUGGUUUAUGUACAACAUACUAUAACAACCAUGGCCGCUCCAUCAGGUCACUCAUUAGGUCAACAGGAUGGCCAUGGUUUAAGGUACCUGUUAAAAGAAGAAGAUUUAGAAACACAAGACAUCUAUGAGAAACUAUUAUGCAAAUUACAAAGUACAUUAAAGGAGGUGGAAAACUGUGUAUUUCAAAUAGAUGACCUUCUCUCUUCAAUAACAUAUUCUCCAAGUUCACAAAAUAAAAACCAUGAAUUGUUAAUGUCAACAGACAGUGAUAACGAAAAAGGAGAACGCAAUGGAAAAAAAGUAUGCUUCAAUGUAGUAAAUGAUGAUCAGGAAGAUUCUGGUCAUGACACUAUAAGCAACAGGGAUUCAUAUAGUGAUUGCAACAGCAACCGGAAUUCUACUGCUUCUUUCACCAGUAUUUGCAGUAGCCAAUGCAGUUCUUAUUUUCAUAGUGAUGAAAUGGAUUCAGGUGAUGAACUUCCUCAGAGUAUCUGCAUUUCUCAUGAUAAGCAGGAUAAACUUUAUGGUUGCUUGGAGCAUCUUUUUGGUCAGGUAGAUUCAAUUAUUAAUCUGCUAAAAGGUCCAGCAGUGGCAAGAGCUUUUGAGCAAACCAAGUUCUUUACUCCUGGUCGAAGUUUUCAAGAAUUUCAGCAAGAAAUUGAACUUAAGGUGACCUGCCCAAAGAAACUGAGGCGUCAUAUUAAACAAGAUCCUUGGAAUCUUCCCAGCAGUGUUCAAAACCUUUCUCAAAGCAUCCGAAAAUUUGUUGAAGAGGUAAAAGCAAGAGUCCUUCUGGCACUUCUUGAAUACACAGAUAGUGAGAUACAGCUCAGGAGAGACAUGGUCUUUUGCCAGAGUCUAGUAGCUACAGUUUGUGCAUUUUCAGAGCAAUUAAUGGCUGCCUUAAAUCAAAUGUUUGACAAUGGCAAGGAGUAUGAAAUGGAAACACAAGAGGCCAGUAGGAGAUGGUUGGAACAGAUAUCUACUGCAGGCGUCCUCAUUUACUUCCAGUCAUUGUUGUCACCAAACCUGACUGAUGAACAAGCUAUGCUAGAAGAUACAUUGAUUGCAUUGUUUGACUUGGAGAAAGUUACAUUUUAUUUUAAAUAUUCUGAACAGGAACCUUUAAUAGCAAAUAUGCCAAUCACAUUUCAAGCAGAAGGAAGUCGGCAAGCUAUGAAAAUUUAUUUUUAUCUUGAUAGUUACAAUUUUGAACAGCUUCCUCAAAGGCUGAAAAAUGGUGGAGGUUUUAAACUUUACCCAGUUCUAUUUGCACAAGCCCUGGAAAGUAUGGAAGGAUAUUAUUAUAGAGACAAUGUAUCAGUAGAAGAAUUUCAAGCCCAGAUUAAUGCAGCUUCAUUGGAAAAAGUAAAACAGUAUAACCAAAAACUCAGAGCAUUUUAUCUGGACAAAUCAAAUCUUCCUCCUAAUUCAACAUCAAAAGCUGCUUAUAUCGAUAAGCUAAUGAGGCCUGUAAAUUCUUUGGAUGAACUUUACCGACUAAUGGCGUCUUUCAUAAGAUCCAAGCGCACAGCAGCCUGUGCUUACACAGCUUGUGGUGCUUCUGGAGUUGGACUACUGUCUGUCUCUUCAGAACUUUGCAGCCGACUGGGAGCUUGUCACAUCGUCUUAUGCAACAGUGGAGUUCAUCGUUGUACUCUGAGCAUCACUUUAGAGCAAGCAAUCAUUCUUGCUCGGAGUCAUGGUCUACCUCCUCGCUAUAUCCUCCAAGCUACAGAUGUGAUGCGCAAGCAAGGAGCAAGAGUUCAAAAUACUGCAAAGAAUUUAGGAGUUAGGGACCGAACACCACCAUCUGCUCCAAGAUUGUACAGACUGUGUCAGCCACCCCCACCUGUUGGAGAUGAGUAAAGAGUCUUAUCUGAGGAUUAAACAAUGUAAACAGUUUCCACAAAGAGAAGGAUAAUAGUCUUUUGAGUAUGGAUACAGAGUCCUUUCUUCUUAAAUGUGACUAUGUAAAUAAAGAGUAAUGACUUCUGUUGGGGGAAAAAUAAUAUCUGGACUUAUUGUGCAUGUUCUGUGAAUGUAUUCCUUGGGCUGUUUUAAGUGCUUAAUUCAGCAAUACCAAUUGUUCAACUAAGUAUGGGAGGAACAUGAAAACAAA